AUGAUAGACAAUAGUGAAAAUCGAACAAGUGGGUAUGAAAUGUUAAUUGAAUUCCCUAAUGCUACUAAUAAUAAUAACGACGAAAAAAAUUAUUAUGAAAUAUAUGAUAAUAAUGGAAUAGAUGGAUCCAUAAAUAAUAACCAUAUAUGUGAAAACAAUGAAGAAAAAAAUAAUCAAGGGGUAGAAUUUGGAAACUCACUAAAUUACACAAUUGGAGAUAAAGAGUCAUUUGGAAAAUAUUGUUACAAUAUAAAUGAAAAGAAAAAUAUAGAGACAGAUAUUAAAUAUUAUAGUUAUUUUUUUAUUAGCUUAAUUUUUUUAGGAUUUUUUAUUUUAUACUAUAUCUAUCAUGGUGAUUAUUCACGUAUAUUAUAUGGAACAAACUAUAAUGGACAAAUUUGUGGAAAAGAUUUAAAAUCGUUUAAAUAUUUAUAUUAUCCACUAUCUCCAAAAACAUCGAAAUUUGAAAUAUUAAAAAAAUAUCCUAAAUGUUUAGAAUCAUGCCCUACAUCUGACUUUUCAGAACACAAAACUGAUGAAGAAAAUUUUGAUGUGGAAAAAAAAAAAAAAAAUUUUUUUGAGGAUAAGUUUUUUUUUCCCUUUAAAAAAAAUAGUGAUAAAAAUAAAGGAAAAAUAAUAGAUAAAAGUGGAAAUAUAGAAACAAAUGUAGUAUAUGCUGAUUAUACAAAAGGCCCUAAUAAUAAUUUAUAUGUUGAAUAUUCAUUAAAUUCCAAAUAUUAUGAUACAGUUAAUAUAAUGAAUAUAUGUUACCCUCGAGAUAAAAUGUUAAGAAAAAAAGUUAUAAAUAUUGUCUUUACAAAUAGAUAUAAAAUAUUUGUUAAUUUAUUUUCUUUACAUAAUUCAUUUUUGUUUGUUUUUUUAUUUAUAAUUGUAUCUAUAUUAUUAUCAUCUCUUUAUAUAGCUUCUUUAUAUUAUUUUCCUAAAUCUACUUUUUAUAUUUUUCUAAUUUCUUAUCUUAUUUCUAUAUUUUUUAUACCAAUAUAUUUUAUUCAUAAUCAUUUAUAUUUAAUAUUUGAUCCAAUAAAAGGUUCUUUUUUUUCAUAUCAUUAUUUAAUAUCUAUUUUAAUAUCUUUCAUAAUAAUUGUCCAUGCUUUUAUUUCUUUAAUUGUAUUCUAUAUAUACAAAAAUACCUAUAAGUAUACAUCUAAAUUAAUAGGAAUUACAUUAAAAUUUAUUCGUGAUAUUUCUAAUAUUAUAUAUGCACCUAUAAUUAUUUCUUUUGUAUCUAUUUUGUUUUUUUUUGUUUGGAUAUAUCUUUAUGUGCAAAUAAUAACAUCAGGAAUUUCUUAUGAGCAGAAGUUGGAUCUAGAUCUUGAUCCAAAUGGAAAUAGCAAAAUCCUAUCCCUUCAGAAAAUAUUUUAUUAUUUCAAGAGUUCCUAUAUAUUUUCUAUAUUAUGGAUAUGUAUUUAUUUCUAUAUUUGUGAAAUGUUACAAUCACUUAAUCAGUUCACAAUAUGUCAUUUAGGAACUGUAUGGUAUUUUAGUGAUAAAAGAAAAUCAGAAUGCAACCAAAAUACAAUAGAAGAAAUGAAAACUAUUUUGAAAUAUCAUUUUGGAAGCAUUGUUUUAUCAAGUUUUGUAAAUAUAACCACUAAACACUUACGAAUUAUAUUUUUUUGGAUAAACAAAACAUUAUCUUUACCGUUUUUUUUCAAUGAAUUAAUCUAUAAUAUAAAGGAGAAAUUUAAUUUUAUAUUAAACCCUAUGUCAAAGAUAAUCGACAUGUAUACAACAUCUGCCUAUUGUGAAAUGUCUAUGACAUUAUAUUCAUACAUGACUUCUUGCCACAUAUCCUCAAAAAAAUUAACAAACUCAACAUCUCCAGCAGCAGCUUUACAUGGGAUAAGUUAUAUAACAAAUAUAAUAUUCCCUGGAUUUACAACAAUGAUAAUAACUUUUUUCGCAUUUAAUAUAUUCAACAAUUUUCAAAUGUAUAACAACAUUUUCUCACAUCGUUAUAUUCCUAACCCAUUUUUCUCUGCACUGAUAAUUGGAAUAAUUUGUGGAAUAAUCACAUCAUAUUUCAUAACAAUUAUAUCCACUUUUGCUGAUACUGUUUUAUAUUGUUUUAUAUGUGAAUGUUAUCAAAAGCAAAUGAUUGAUGAAAAUCCAUUAAGAAAAGCAUUUACUCCAGAUCUUUUGCGAGAAUUUAUUUUAGAAAUAUAUGAAGAAUAUAAUUCAAAAUUAUGA